CAGCAGCACUUCCGCCUCGAGACCGCUUCGCCAUAACAACGCGCUCCUCUGAGCAUAACAACCCUAACCCUUCGCCCUCGCAAAAGAGACAUGCGUCCGAGGAAGCAACACGUCCUGCUCCUCUGGCUGCUUCUCCACUCCAGCGUGGCGGCGGCACUGGAGCCCAUCAGCACCACUAUCGCGGUGGGAAUGGCUGCGGCUCUCACGGGGAUUUUAGCGAGAUACCAGAACAUCUUCUACUACUUCCGCGAGUGCUGCCGACCCGAGUGGAUAUCAUUCAAUAUAACGAGGCUCAAGACGGACCUGGACAACAAGCUGUUCGGGCAGCACAUUGCGUCCCGCAUCGUCUUAAAAGCCGUGAACGGCUUCAUGAGCAACCCCAACCCGAAGAAGCCGCUGGUGCUCUCGCUCCACGGGUGGACCGGCACCGGGAAGAACUUUGUGAGCCAGCUCAUCGCCGAAAGCGUUUUCGCCGAAGGAAUGCACAGCCGCUUCGUCCACGUGUUCACGUCCACGCUUCACUUCCCGCACGUGGAGCACAUAGCCGCCUACAAGUCUCAGUUGCAGGAGUGGGUCAGAGGCAAUGUGACCAACUGCGAGCGCUCCAUGUUCAUCUUUGAUGAGAUGGACAAGAUGCACCCGGGCCUGAUUGACAGCAUCAAGCCAUACCUGGACUACUAUGACAAGCUGGACGGGGUUUCUUACCGGAAAUCCAUUUUCAUCUUCCUCAGCAACGCAGGAGGAGACGGCAUCAUCCAGACCACUCUGGAGUUCUGGAAAGCGGGAAAAAAUCGAGAAGAGAUCGAGCUCAAAGACCUGGAAACGACACUAUCACUGUCUGUGUUCAACAACAACAAAAGCGGCUUCUUUCGUACAAGUUUGAUCGACAAGAACCUGGUGGACUUCUUCGUCCCCUUCCUGCCUCUGGAGUACCAGCACGUGGUGCAGUGCGCCAUGGCCGAGAUGGAAGCCAGAAACCUCAAACCGAACCCCGACGUGGCGGACAAGGUGGCCAGGGAUUUGGUCUACUUCCCCAAAUCUGAGCGAGUGUUCUCCGUCAAAGGCUGCAAGACGAUAGAGAGCAAACUGGACUUCUACACAGAUGUGCACAUCUGAAGGACAUAAAAACGAGUCACUAAGUGCACUUUUAUUUUUAGAAAACAAACUUUGCAGCCAAACUGACUAGAGACAGGAAGCCGAUCUGGCUGGAGAGAGUUUAGUGAAAGUUUCUCUGUCUGACCUUGUGGCCAUUAAGCCAUCAGGAGGCCUUCUCACUUACACUCAGCGCCAGCCGGAUGAAAUAUUCAAGCGGUUGGAGCAAUUUGUCCCUUGCUAAAGAGCUUAAUCUCUGCUUUUAUGUCGCCAGUCUUGGACGGUAGCGUUUGCUUGCAAAAACUCUUAAAUAUUGAUGUCUUCCUGUCAGGGAAACCCGUUUCCCUUUGGAGUCGUUCUCCGACGUGAUGCGAACGAACUGCCUUAAACCUUUUUCUCAGUUUCUAGGAGAAUUUUACACGUCAACAGCUGUUCAUUUACCUCAAUAAACGAGCAGCCGGUGGUGUAGGUGAGGUAAAAACAAGAAGUCUCUCUUUUUUCUUGUUUUUGAAACUUAAGUCUAGUGUCUUUUAUUCCUCAUUGUUAAACUUCACUGCACUGCGAAGAUUACACGGGUGAAAUGAUGUGGUGUAACGUGAUUUGUUGUUAAGAAGCUCAGAAUUGUCUUCGAUUCUGAACGGAAACGGUUUUGGUUGCCGUUUCCCAAUCAGAGCGCAACAUUGAGUGUAAAAUACGGUGAUUCUCAAAAGCGAACAAAUGUCAGGUUUUUGUUUCGAAGAGAAAAGUCUCUUUUAGACAUUUCCACAUGUAAUAUUGUGGAUAAAUUUAUCAUUCUGACAACAUAAUGCAGCGUAAGCAUAUUUUAGAAGGUAAAGGUUUAGGGAAUUAACUUAGACAUUGACCUGAAGCCAUUUUGUAAUAAAUGUAAGAUGGACAUUUAUUUCAUUUUUCCAGCACUCAGACGGAUGAUAAUCUAUGAUUUUUGUUUUCCAGAAACCAAAAGCAGAAAGACCGUAACACUUUCUUUUGGAAGACUUGACUUACACACAUCAUCACAUAUUGUAUAGUUUUGUACUACUCUAAUACAGAUCAGCUGAAAAAUAAAUCAGUUGGAAAGCAUUAGCUUAGCUGAAAUAGUGUAGUUUUAUAAACUUUAUUAAUUUCAGCAUCUGGGUAUUUUCAUCCAGCAUUUUGGCUUGCAACAGUUCUCCAAGUCUUAUCUCAUGAUGUGAUGUAAUGUUGAUGUUUGUUCUGAACUUUUGCUUGGCCAUAACAAAAUAUCACACUAUCAGUAUGUGGAAUAUCAAAAUUAGCGGCGCACCAAUACAUUGGCUGGCCAACAAAUCAACUCUGAUUUUGUUCGUUUUGGUUUGAUCAGAAAUCGGCCGAUACGUACAUAAAUCCACUGAUCUUAUCUGUCUUCGCAAAAGUCUGAAAAUUAUGUUUGUAAGUACGGGGUCAACAAACGUCAUCCCAUUGCUGCCAACUUGGUGUCUUUGUUGCUGUAUUUAGUGGCAUUUUAGACAAAAAAAAAAAGGCCAAGUCAUUCAUUUAAAAAAUUGUUUAAAUGAACCAUCGGCCCAAAAAACUGCAAUCGGUGCUCUCCUAAUAGAAAUAGCAGAGAUUUCUAUUAGAUGUUUUGAUGUAUUUGACCAACAGGAUUAACUCUGCUCUUAAUGUUUUCCCCUGAUCAUAGUUUUAGUGGCUGAGCUGCAACAUGGAGGACAGUAAAAUAGAAUAAGGGGUAAUAAUUAAUAUUGCUGGAAUUUUCAGCAAGAGCAUCACAAUUAUACAUUUUCCUGCUGUUGUGCAGACCUAGUGUUUACUCAAGCAGAGUGAAUGAUGAAACUGAAUCUACCACAUUUUAGUUUAAGGUUCUUCAUAAUUAUUAAACUGCAUUUUUGCAAAAAAAAAAAAAUUCCAACAGAUUUUUUUUCCUUUAGUUUACUUGUACAGAAUAAAUGUUACAUUGAUGUUAGAAAAAGUUUAGAUGACUUCUCAUUGUUUCAUGCCACACUAAGGGGCAUCUAUGCUUUUUUUUGGAACUACUGUUUUCUACAUUUUAAGCAGCAGGACGAUAAGCUCUGCUGGUUGUACAAAUGUUAAGAAGAAAGCAAACCUUUUCAGUACAACUGUCUCUGUUUCCCUCUGAAUGUGAACGUGAAUUUCUGCUGUACACAGCCAAGGAGCUUCAAGGAAAUCAGACCAUAACUAACAAUAAAAAAUGUUUCUGAA